GGUUCUGGCCUCAGCCACCUUCCGCCGUCCAGUGCCCCUCUGUCCCCACCCCGGGACCCUGGCUCCCCGCCAGCCUCGGCCCGGCACCAUGCCGGAGAAGAGCGUGGAGGCAGCGGCCGAGUUGAGCACCAAGGACCUGAAGGAGAAGAAAGAGAAGGUGGAGAAGGCGAGCCAGAAAGAGUGAAAGAAAGAAGUGGUGGAGGAGGAGGAGAAUGGAGCUGAGGAGGAAGAAGAAAUCGCUGAGGACAGAGAGGAGGAUGAAGGAGAAGAUGAGGAAGAAGAAGAUGACGACAAGGGGACCGCGCUGAAGAGAGCUGCUGAAGAGGAGGAUGAAGCUGAUCCCAAGCGGCAUAAGACAGAAAAUGGGGCAUCGGCAUGAGCCCCCUGCCAAUGGGCUGGGGAAAGAGGCCCCUCAAGGCCUGGAGAUGGGGGCAGGAACAGUUCAGUGCAGCCACUCUUCACCUGACUCCUUGCUCUAGCCCUGCAUCAGAGCUGCCACCCUCUUUCUCCCCAGCCUUCUCAUGUCCACCUUUUCAGACACUGCCCUUCCAUUCUCACUUGCCAUUGUUCCACCUCCUGACCUGUCCCAUCUGAGCUCCCCAGCUGGUCCCCAAUUGCCCCCUUUCCCUCUUUUUUCUCUCUUCCUCCCUUGCUCCUACCCCUCCUCUGAUAGCUUCUCCUUCGGAACCUCUGCAUCCUAGCCUUCUGUCCUGUCCAUCCCU